GAUAACUUAAAGAUGAAAUUUUCCUCCUCAAAGUAUUGAAAAUCUACUUUGUUUUACAUUUUAUCUUUCAAGCGGCAGAAAGAUAAAAAGAAAUUGCUCUUUCUCUCUCGACCGAGCUGAAAAAUGGCUAAUGGGAUAGAAAACGAGGAGGUAGUUAUAGUAAAGCCUCAAACAGACAAGAGAAAAUACAGGAGGAUCGUCCUAGGAAACUCCCUCCAAGUUCUCCUGGUCAGCGAUCCCGACACCGACAAGUCUGCUGCAUGUAUGCUUGUUAGCGUCGGCAACUUCUCCGAUCCUGAUGGCCUCGAGGGCCUUGCCUAUUUUCUUAUGUACGUGCUGCCUUAUGCUAGUGAAAAACAUCCUUCGGAGGAUAGUUUCUCCAAGUACGUUAGUGAGCAUGGAGGGCACCGAAAUGGCUCUAUGGGUUGUGAUUGGACCAGCUAUUAUUUUGACAUCAACAAUGACAGUUUUGAAGAAGCUUUGGAACGGUUUUCCCAGUUCUUAAUCAAACCAUUAAUGAUAUCUGAAGCUACCGUGAGGGAAAUUAAAACUAUCGAGUCUGUAUACCAACUUGGCUUGUUGUCUGACCCGCGUAGAUUGAAACAGCUUCAGAAACAUUUCAGCAUAGAAAGUCAUCCUUAUCAUAAAUUUAGUACAGGGAAUUGGUAUACGUUGGAAGUUAGACCAAAAGCAAAAGGACUGGAUAUAAGACAUGAGCUCCUAAAGUUCUAUGACGAAAAUUAUUCUGCCAACCUCAUGCAUUUGGUUGUAUACACAAAAGAAAGCCUUGAUAAAAUCCAAAGCUCCGUGGAGAACAAGUUCCAAGACAUUCGAAACUCCAACCAACGUGGUUUCCGCAUUACCGGUCUGCCUUUCACGUCAGAACAUCUAAUGAUUCUUGUCAAGCUUGUUCCAAUAAAAGAAGGGCACAAAUUGAGAAUUGAAUGGCCAAUAACCCCAAGCAGGCAUCAUUACAAGGAAGCGCCAUGCAAGUAUCUGGGUCAUGUCAUUCGCCAUAAAGGAGAAGGAUCCGUGUAUCACAUCUUGAAAACAUUAGGUACAAAAAACGGCUUGGGGACGCAACUUGAUGGCUCAGCUUCGCUUGAGGGAUCGACUAAUAUACAGGUCAAACGCGGAUCAAAAGCAGGAUGGGCUAUGCAAUUGUUUGCUCAUGAAAAUGAGAUAACAUCGGAGCUCUCUUUUUUUACAGUAACAGUUGAUCUUACUGAAGAUGGUCAUGAGCAUAUGCAGGAUGUUGUAGGGUUGCUCUUUAAAUACAUCAAAUUCUUGAGGGAGUCUGGUAUUUGUAAACGGGUAUUUGAGGAGCUUUCAGCCGUUUGUGAGAUAGAAUUUCACUAUCAAGACAAGAUCCCACCCUUUAAUUAUGUUGUGAAAAUCGCAUCAAGAAUGCAGAAAUAUCCUCCCAAAGAUUGGUUGGUAGGCUCAUUGUUGCCUUCAAAUUUCAGUCCUGAGCUUGUACAGAUGAUUCUGAGAGAGUUGUCACCAAAGAAUGUCCGAAUCUUCUGGGCGUCAAAGAAAUUUGAAGGGAAGACGGAUAAGGUUGAACCGUGGUAUUGUACUGCUUAUUCUGUUGAGCGGGUCACUACCUCGAUGAUUGAGAAAUGGAUGUCAUCAGCUCCUAUUGAUAAUUUGCAGCUACCAGCAGCUAAUAUGUUCAUACCUAAAAAUUUUUCUCUCAAGGAUGCCCGAGAAAAGGUCAAGUUUCCAGUUUUGUUAAGAAAGUCAUCCUAUUCAAAAUUGUGGUACAAACCUGAUACAAUGUUCUCCAUACCCAAGGCAUUUGUUAAAAUUGAAUUCAACUGUCCCCAUGCUAGAAUCUCUCCUGAAGCUGAAGUUCUUAGAAACAUUUUUCUACGGUUGUUGAGGGAUUACUUGAAUGAACACGUUUACUACGCUCAAGUUGCUGGCCUUCAUUGUUAUAUACGGCACACAGACAGAGGUUUUGAGGUGACACUCUCUGGUUAUAACGACAAGGUGAACAUUUUGCUGGAAACUGUAAUUGAUAAGAUUGCAAAUUUUGAUGUGAAACCCGAUAGGUUCUCUAUUAUCAAGGAAAUGAUAACAAAGGACAUUCACAACAACAAAUUUCAAGAACCCUCUGAGCUGGCUAAGGUCUACUGCUCAUUAAUAUUGAAGGAUAAACUAUGGCCUUGGAAGGACAGACUUGAAGUUUUACCUCCUUUGAAAGUAGAAGACCUUGUCAAAUUUAUUCCCAUGAUGUUCUCAAGUACCUUUUUGGAGUGUUUCAUAGCAGGAAAUAUGAAAUGUGAGGAAGCGACUUCAAUAAUUGAAACUAUUGAAGACAUAUUCUUUAAGGGUUCAAACCCUAUAUGCCAACCAUUCUUUCCAUCCUUACAUCUCACUAAUGAAGUUGUUAAACUUCAAAGAGGCAUGAAUUAUUUAUACUCUGAAGAAGACCUGAAUCCAAUCAAUGAGAAUUCCGCCCUGCUUCAUUAUAUUCAGGUUCAUCGAGAUGAUUUUGUAUUGAACGUAAAACUUCGGCUUUUUCGCCUUAUUGCAAAGGAAGCAGCCUAUCAUCAGCUUAGAUCAGUUGAGCAACUUGGGUACAUUAAUGACUUCUAUUUAAGAAAUGAUUUUGGAAUUCACGGAGUGGUAUUCCUCAUUCAGUCGACAGUGAAGAGUCCAAGAGAGAUUGAUUUGAGAGUGGAGGAAUUCCUCAAGAAGUUUGAGAAUAAAAUUUAUGAAAUGACCAGCGAUGAAUUUAAGAGUAAUGUAAAUGCAUUGAUUGAUACGUAUAUGGAGAAGCACAAAAACUUAUGGGAAGAAUCUAGUUAUUACUGGUGGGAGAUCGUCAGUGGCACCCUCAAGUUUGAUAGGAAAGAAGCCCAGGUUGAAAUAUUAAGACAGCUUACACAACAGGAAUUCAUAGAUUUUUUUGAUGAAUAUAUAAAAGUUGGUUCACCCCGAAAGAAGACUCUAAGUGUGCGAAUCUACGGGAAGAAACAUCUAACAGAAUACAAAUCAGAGAAAAAUGAACCACUUCAACUGCAGUACGUUCGCAUCCAUGAUAUCCUGAAUUUUAGAACUUCACAACCUCAUUACGGUUCGUCUAAAGGAAGCUUUAUCCACAUGAAGCUGUAAAAAAAUUAAAGAAAAGGGGCUGAUAUGGAGUAGCAGCCAGCCGACACCCUUCUCCUCAGUCGGUAAGCUUUGUCUAAUUGGAAGACUAGUGUUCAAAACGCCACAUUAAAUAGAGCUUUAUCCAGUUGUUGGAUGUAUUCCCUCUCUUAUUUCUCUUUAUUGUCGAUUUAUGUAUUUUUUUUUUCUUUUUUUUUUAUAAGAUUCUUCUUCACUAAUAAAAUGGAUGUAAUUAGGCUUGUAAAAAUGAUAGUAUACAACUCCGUUAUAAUUUCAAUUUCCUUUAUUUAAUUUUGUAUGAUAUUU